AUGGAGUGCCUCCUGGCGUUCUACAACGAAAAGUUCGCCAACCUGGACGGCAACAUCUUCGAGAUGUUCUCGAAAUUCUACAAUCUCGAUUUAUCGCCCGUCGAUUCCUGGCUGGAGAACCAGUUCAAAGACAAGAUAGUUAAGGACGAUCGAUUGUCUCUCUACUACCGGAAGGAGGGGAACAAGUGCUACGCGCAAAAGAACCUGCUCAAGAGCCUGGAGUUCUACACGAAGAGCUUGUGCACGGCCACGCCGGGCAGCAAAGAAUACGGCCUGGCCUUGGCCAACAGAUCGGCGGUUUCGUUCGAAAUGAAAGAAUACGAGAACUGCCUGAAAGACAUCGAUUUGUGCUUCAACACUUACUACCCUGUAGAUCUUAAACCGAAGAUAUACUUCAGGAAAGCGGACUGCUUCUUCGAGACCGGCCAAACGGAGAAUUUCGAAAAGUGCAUAAACGAAAUCCAGAGAUUCCUUUCCAUUACGCUAGUACACGAUAGAGACAAGCAUAUGGAGAAAUUGAAACAAAUAAAGAAAGCCAAGAUUAAAAACAAAGCUGUGGAGGUGCAAAGGGACAACUUUUCCGACUUUCCGGAUUUCCCGGAGGGCGAGAAUGGCAAUUUCGCGUUCGCCUCUUCGAAAAUCAAAAUGAGUUACGAUAAGUCGAAAGGAAGGCACGUAGUCGCCACUAAUCCCAUUAAAAAAGGCGAAGUUCUGUUCAUCGAGAAAGCCUUCAUCUUCGCUCCGGUCUUCAAAGAAAACAAGGAAAUCUACUCGUUCAAAUGCUAUAGUUGUUUAAAAGAUAUCAUUAGCAGUGUUCCAUGUGCCAGUUGUACGCUGUGCGUAUAUUGCAACGAGAAAUGCAGGUUAACGUCGUGGAACGAAUGCCAUCGAUGGGAAUGCGAGGGAAUGAAAGCCAACAUUUGGUACGAUCUGGGCAUCGCCUUUCCCGCCUUCAAAGCCGUAUUGAAAGGGGCCAAGACGGGCUUCAAAAUCGUCAAAGGCGACUACGAGGCGGACCUGAAGAAAUUCGGCGACAAAACCGACAACUAUCCCUACUUCAAUCGACUGGUAUCGAACAUUUACAAGCUCAAAAACGCAGCACCUUACAUACUGCUGGCUACUGUCGUGGUGGCCUACUUGAAAAAGUACACGGAGUUCUUCUCGUGGUACAUCAAAGAGACGACCUGUCCGAGGAACGAUCCGAGCGAAUUGGAGGAGUACAUCGGGGGCCUCAUUACGAAGCACAUCGCCCAGUUGUCGUGCAAUUCCAGCAUCAUCGAGCAUUGGACCUACUCGUCGACGGAUCUGCUGUUCCCGGACAUUCUCAUAACGAUCGCAUGCGGAAUGUUCCCAUCCGUUAGCAUGAUGAACCACUCCUGUCGGCCGAACGUGACGAAUUUUUUUAUCUGUGAUACGAUUGUUGUGAAAGCGCUGGAAGAUAUACAAGAGCAAGAGGAGAUACUGAAUUGCUACGGUAUCGAUUACCGCGGGAUGAACAGAGAGCAGAGGCAAAUAGCUUGUAAGGGAUUGUACCAUUUCGAAUGCAAGUGCGUGAUUUGCAGCGAUCCCGCGCAGGAAGUGGAAAUGCUGGAUAGCUAUUUGUGUCCGAAAUGCGAAGGUUGCAUACCCGAAUUGCAAAACGCCAAUUUGAGCUUUUGCAUUAAAUGCGGCUAUAAAUAUUCUCUGAUACCCUUUAGGAAAAUAAACGGCGACGCUCAAAAAUACCUGCAAAACGACGAAGGGAAUAGAUUAGAGUUGUUAAUAAAGUGCUUGAAAAUAAGGGAAAAAAUCCUCUACAAGCACCAUCGAGAUUUCGAAGAAGUGUACUAUCGCCUCUACAGUUAUCACGUUGAAUCAGGUGAUGCGGAAAACAUGUUUAAAUAUUUCCAACUGUGGCUGGAAAACGAGAAGGCGAGACGAGGCCAGAACUCUAGAGGUAUUGGAACGAAACUGUACGAAGCUGCCCUGGCGAUUUUGCAUUGUCUGCAAAACGGGAAUCCGAAAAAUUGCACGAAUUUAAAGGCUUUCCUUCAGAAUGUGGAGCAUAUGAUAAGAGAAGCGAAGAUGGUUCUGAAUUUAUAUUAUCCGGCUUACAUUACGAAUAGGUUAAGCAGAAAGAUUCAGUUUAUAUCAAAUAAAUAA